AUGAAGUCUCUUGGAUUUUACCUUAUAAUGAAUUUUGAGGUAUUCAUGUUUUGUUUUGCUGGAGAAUAUUUAAGCUCUAAGAGUAGAGCAAUUGGAGACGCUGCAUACGAUUCCCGUUGGUAUCAAUGCAGAUUUCAAGACAGCUGGAUUAUUUUAUUCUUGAUAAUGAGAUCGCAAAACCAGUUGACGAUUACAGUUGGGAAAUUUAUGGAUCUUUCCCUAGAACGAUAUGUCAGUAUUAUAAAAGCUUCAGCAUCUUACGUAUCAGUUAUGCUAGCUUUGUUAGUAUAUUGA